UUUUUUUCCAGGUGGUUAAUAAAGAAAAUCAGUGGCAUCAAAAGGUCAUGGUAAUAGACGGCGUAAGAAAGGUAAGAAAGAACCUGAUAAUCUUCUCGCAGGUCAAUAUACACCACUACCACCACCACCUGUUGCCACAACUCUUCAAUCAGCUACUACAAAUAUUCUUCCUCCUCCAAGGGCAACUAUUUUACUGCCAAAUUCUUUUUUCAUGCCCCCACUACCCUACCAGUUCCAGCCCUCUUCUCUCCAUAAUAGUUUGCAUAGUAGCUCUUCAUCUGUACCUUCAACAUCAUCCACACUUAGCCUUUCUGGAUUGAGAAUUGGAGGUCCUAGCACUUUAACAUCGCUAUCCAUUGAUAGUGCUACAGCGUCUAAUGCUACAACAGCUGCUUUCCAGAUUCUAAAAUUUAAAGAGGUAGUAGAAUAUGACGGCAACGGAAGGCUAAUUAUCGCCCCUGCUGGUAAUGGGUUCAUUCCCGCAUAUAGCGGUGAACAUAUAUUUAUAGAAGUAAUUAAACCAUUUUACAUGGAGCCGUGGGGUAGUUGGAAUGAGAUUCGACUCGACGUCAGAAUUCUUAUGUGGAACCAGUUUAUGACAAAGUGUGCAUGUAAUUCUUGUCAUGAAAAUAAAAUACAAUGCAUUUUCAAGUUGAAAGCAGCUCUACGGAUCAAAGAACACUUGUAUGAGGCCCGGAGGAACUUGGAAAAACAUGGUUGGCUGAAUGCUGAUGUGUGGGUUCAGUUCUUGGAAAAAUGGGAUACUCCUGAAUAUAGGGGGAAGAGGGAACGGGCAAAGGCAAAUAGAGCGUCUCAAACGGGUGGCCUGUUGCACACUGGAGGUUUGAUGAGAAGACUGGUAAUAUUAGCUUAAAUUUUUGAUUUUUUCGGUUUAGUUCAAUGUUCUAAACCUUGACAUAGUGAAGCCGUGUGAGGCUUUUUCGAUUCAUUAUUAUUGUUAUAUUCUUCUUGUUGUUCAUCUUGAAGUUUAGUGAAGCCGUGUGUGGCCUAUUUUGAUUUACUAGCAUUGUUGUUGACAUCUUAUUGCUCUUGUUGUUUCUUGUUUCUUUUGUUGUGAACUUGAUCUUAUAUCACACUGUCUGAUGGUUUUAGAAAGUAAGAAGAAGAGAAUUUGUGGGCUGCGUACA